UUUAAAUUUUCAUAGAGGGCGUUAUUCGCUCUUCGUUAUAUGGCUGUCAAAGCAAAUUGUGUGUACAAAAUCCGUGGCAAUUUUUUAUAUUACAAACUGUAAGUGGACAAAUAUGGAAAUAUUAUUGUGAUUAUAGACAAAAUACAAGAUGGCGGCCGAAACAAUGGAUGAUCAAUACAGCAUCAAAAAUCUUUUAUUUUAUCGAGCCAUUCCAAAUUACGUGAUACCAGUAUCUACAGAUGGCUACAAAAUUUACGCGUGUAACGACUGUGGUGACAGAUUUGUCUUUCAAUCAAGUUAUGAGCAACACGUAAAUCGCAAAUCUGUCAAAAUUACAUAUACUUGUCGCCACUGCAACCAUGUGAAGAUUUUUUUCAACAGAUGCAAUUUGCUCGCACACAUUAGAUCACACACAUUUAAAACGGCAACAAUUAAUGUAAGUGAUUUGAUGAUAGAGCCUUUACCACAAUGCCAUUUUCGUUUCGAUCCUUCCAAUGUAUCAAAUCAAGUUAAUUUACCACAACCUUCACAAUCUGAAAAAGGAAACAAAAAAUACAACGAUUUGUGUUUUGAAUGUAAAAGCGACAUUUCAGAUACAGGAGUAAUGUACAAGGACAGAGGGAAACAUUAUAUGCAACUGACAAAUCAAAUUUACACAUGCCCAGUGUGUUUAUUUGCAAUGCCUACAAUAUGUGGUUUAAAAGCACAUCUUCGUAUUCACUUGAAAUCGGCACCAUAUUAUUGCCCCGAAUGUGGUAUAUAUUUGUCAAAAAAAGCAAUACAUUAUCCAUAUAACCAUGACUGCGACGGUUUCAAAAUGAUGAGAGCUACUGCUCGAUAUAAAUGUUCUAUUCCUGGUUGUCAUUUAUUCCAUCCAAACGAAUUCAAAGACCACAUGAAGAAUCAUCUUAAAAAGGUGUACAAGUGCCAAUUUUGUGUUGUAGCGUGUUUUAAUGAGCAUACUAUACGUAAACAUUUAAAAACGCAUUCAUCUGAAAGCAAAGCUCUAAUAUUUUAUCAAUGUGAAAUGUGCCCUGGUAGAUUAGUGCUGCACAAUCAAAUGGAAAAUCAUUUAAAAAGCCACGUCAACAGCACUCUGUUUCCAUGUUGGGGGUGCGGUGCAACAUUUAAUGAUGUCCCACUUUUGCUUGAACACCAUAUAAAUACCCACAAUCCAAAUGAAGAUAUUAAAACUGUAUAUUCAUCAUUUAUUACAAAUAAACCUGAAACAAACAAGAAGAGAAUAUAUCGAGUGGUUAAAAAAUGCUCAAAAUGCAAGAGAAGUUUUACAUACAAAUGUAAAUAUAAUGAAAUACAAGUUCUUCCCAAUGAAUGCCCAUACAAAUGUUCAUUACAAUCUGUAGAUGUCCAAGCUAACACUAAUUCAAACAGAGAUGCAGGAGCUGAAAUAAAAUGUCAUAUUUGUGGAAACAAAAUUUUUGAAAAUUGGGAGGAAAUAAAGAAACAUUAUGCAUCUAAUCAUAAAGAGCACCAAUGUGUUGAUAUUAAAGUAGUUUUAACUAGAUUUAAAAAAAAUGUGAUUACAAAGAAUAAACAACAAAAACAUGUUAUUACUUCAAUGAAGAAUAAGCGAUCCAAAAAGAUGGGAAGAAUUACAAAAUCUAAGAGAAAAAUCUUUAUCAAAACAUCAUCAGAUACUAGUGGUACUACAUUAAGAAACACUUUGUACACUUGCAGUAAAUGUGAUUGCGUAUGUGAAAACAAACAAUCGUUUGAGACUCACAUAGUAACCCAUAGAGAUCCUUGUAUGGCAUAUCAAUGUAUGGAAUGUGGACAAUGUUUUGUAGUGAAACCAUCUUUUUCCACUCACUUGAUCGUAGAACACGGUAUUCUAAAUGUUGAAGAAUAUAUUACUCAAAAACAAUGCUAUAAUGAAAAUGCAUUGGAAAAAUACCAAAGCGAUAGUGCACCUGUUGAACCGUUACGUAAUAAUCAAUGUAAAAUUUGUAGAGACCAAUUUGAUAAUUCAGAUGAUUUGGAAAAACACUUUAGAGUGCAUGGCAUGGCUUUUCUGUUGCAAAAUACUAAUAAAAAUAAUACCAAUACUUAAUGUGACAUAUGAAUGAUCUUCUACUUUAUUACAAUUUUUCUAUUCAUUAAGAAAAUAAUAAAAGUACUAUAUACCAAAUAUGCGAGUAAAUUAAGAAUAAAGUUUUUCGUAUUCAACAA